ACCGAGAACCUAAGCUAAACGAAACCCAAACGGGAAACAGACCGAGAUGUUCAAGCUAUCGAUGCUGUUGGGCCUGGCCCUAGUCCUGGCUCCCCUGAUGAUCCACGCCAAGUCCCUGCCAAAGGCACCCAUGCCCAUCUCCGGGAUGGAGGCUCGCGACAAUGGCAACAUUGAGAAUCCGACCGUUCCCGAUAAUCUGGAUGAGAGCACCGAGGCACCAGUCACUGCGGCACCCACGGCAGCACCCACUGCGGCACCCACUGCGGCACCUGGAACCACCGAGAAGCCUGCCACGGAUGCUCCUGGAACCACUGAGAAGCCUGCCACUGAUGCUCCUGGAACCACUGAGAAGCCUGCCACAGAUGCUCCUGGAACCACUGAGAAGCCUGCCACCGAUGCUCCUGGAACCACUGAGAAGCCUGCCACCGAUGCUCCUGGAACCACUGAGAAGCCUGCCACGGGUGCUCCUGGAACCACAGAAAAACCAGCCACGGAUGCUCCUGGAACCACCGAGAAGCCAGCUACCAAUGAGCCUGUUACCGAUGAAACCACUACCGAUGAACCCUUGACCACGGAACCCUCCACCGAUGAGCCUAGCACCGAAACCACUGACGACGAUGACAACAACACCACCGACGAUGACGGCAAUAGCACCGAUCCCGAUCACGUGUGCGCUACCACCGGAUUCUUCCCGACGACAGAAUGCCAGGAGUUCAUCAUCUGCAGCUACGGCAAGGACAGCAACGAGCUGACGCCCUACAAGCGUAGAUGUCCGGCGGACAUGGAGUUCGAUCCGGUGCUGGAGUUCUGCGUCAGUAGCUUCAACUGCCGGGGCUAGAGUUCUGGGAGUUGGGAGAGAUCUGGGAUGUGAAGCAAUAAAUUCACUGCGAGUCCUUAAGCAACCACAAACCGAACCUGUA